AUGCUUCGACCUUCCAUUUUACGGGAGGCAACAGAGGAAGGAGAGCCAACAAUGGUGAAGGCUCAGCCUCAGGAGUGGAUUGCUCAAAUGCGACCUCUAACGGAUGGGAGUGGGGAGCAGGGCAUCGAACUGAUCAAUAAAGUGUUCCUACCUUACCUACCUUACCUGCAUCUCCCAGACCCUGCCGACUGUAUGUCCAUCCUGGUGGAGAUUCGCAACCUCCCGAGCUCUUUGGACGAUAAACCCCAUAUCAUGAGAUCAACAACUGAUGUGACGGGAGAAGAAGGACUGGAGAAAGAGUCUCGUUCCUAG